AAGAAUUCUUCACAUUGUUAUAUUUAGACGUCAAUAUUUUGAGCUGGUUCUCCUGACAACGUUGAAUUCUGUCAAUGCAUAUUUCUAUUGGUCGCCUUUAAUAUAUAAACCCUAGUAAAUUUUUCUUUUCAGUAAGAAGAAGCCGGAAUUGUAAAUUAUUCGUCUCAUUGCAGGAAGAGUCUUUCGAACCAUGGGAAUUUUAACUCUGAGUGCAUUAGUCAUACUCCAGAGUAUAAUUAUCUCUACUGAAGCUGAUAAGACCUUCUUACUACAUGUACGUUGGCUUCCAACUCACUGUUACCACAGAGAGUGUCAAGUGGAAGAUGGUCAGAGAUGGGAUAUUGCGAAACUCAGAGUGGUGCCUCAGCUUGACUGGUUCAGCGACAAAUGUCCAUAUUCAACUAGCUUUUGGCAUUAUAACUUGAGCACUAUAAAUGAAUUGUCGAAAUAUUGGAGCAAUCCCUUGGAUGAAUUCACGCAUUACAACCAUCUGUAUAGAGACUACGCAGCAUGUACCGUUGUCGAUAAAAAUGGACCAACUCCAUAUCUUUAUUUCAAUCGUGGAAUAGACCUCUUCAAAAUCGUGUCACCUAAAUCAAUAUCGAUCAAAGAAGGUGAAACUUACUCAACCAAAGAUUUCGAGCAUUCGUUGUUGAACAAAUAUCAUGCUCAACCUAAAGUCAUCUGUGCUGCUGAUGAGGUUGGUGGAAUUUUUCUCCAUGAAAUAGUCUUCUGUUUCAAUGAGCAUUCAACGCCUGUCGACUGUCCCGCGGAAUAUUCAAAUGACCUCCAAACCUUCAUGUAUACGUUCAAUGAACAUCCUGAAAAUGACUACAGGAAACAAAUUGAUCAACAGAAGCUUUGUGGAGAUUCAUUCACUGUACCGGUAUAUAAAAUGUAUUCAAAACCAACAGAUGAACCUGUGAAAAAUGCUCAUUCAGAAGAUACUUCAUCCUCUUUAUCAGACAUAUUUUCAGGUAUCUGGAAUUGGUUUCGGGGUCUGUAAGACAAUUGACUGUGUAAAGGAUUGCGAACAAAAUAUUAUGCACAAACAAUUUUACUUUGAGUAGAUUUAGUGUGAUCUCUGCUUUCAUUAGCACAAAACUCCUCGUGUGAAUUUUCGCUUCUAUAACUCUCAACAUUUAUUUUGAAAUUCAUUAACAUUCGCUUAUUCAAUAAAAACUGUUUCACUUUUUCUUCUGAAUUGUAAUUCAUAAAGUCUGGAAUUAAAGUAGAAAAAAUAUUAUUAUUAUUAUCUUUGACAGUUUC